AAUUAUAAUGAAAAAAUCGAUAGAAGCAAUUGUAGAAGAGGUGAUAAUUAAUCCUCAAAAGAUUCAGCCGAUAUUAGUAAACUUUCAAAAUGGUAAGCUUAAAGAAGAAGAAUCAAAGAAAAUCAAAAUUGGCUUAUUUAACGAUAAAACAAAUAAAAUUAUUUUAGCAUUAUCUAAUGGUCAAACCAUUUAUAGAGGUUUUAGGCCAGAUUUUACUAAUGAUUUAACAUAUACUAUGUUAGCCAUUCGUAAUAAAAAAACUGGCAAAAUUAAAUUAAUACAAGCUGAAAGAUGGAAUGUUGCUCCUGUACUUAAUAAAUACAUUAACACUACCACUGAUAAUGAAACAAAUCAAGUAGUUGCUUUGAAUAAGCAGUUUGGUUCUAAAAAAGUAAAGCGUAGAACAGAGCAAUACGAAAAAAUGAAAAUAAAUGUUGAAAAUGUAAAAGAUCAAUUAGAAAAGACAGUGUCACACAUUGAGAUACAGAGAGAUGAGCUUGAAUUUACUAUAAAGGAUGACUUGGAAGAUAAUUUAAUUUUACCACCAAUUAAUAAAAAUGCAAAUCAAUUAUGUGAAAUUUAUAAUAUUAAUGAUAUUGUGCCAGAUAAUAUUUUAAAGACAUUGUACAGUAAAAUUAAUGAAGCUUUAAAUGAAAUAGAAGACAAAGCAGAAUUUUUUUCAAAAACUGUAAAAUAUUGUAAAGAUGAUCAGCAAUAUACUAUGAAAAUGGCAUUAUUGUUAUAUAUUGAAGGAGUAAUUUUGUGGUUAAAUAAUCCUAUUAAAUUUGGUAAAAAAUCCGACAUAGUUGUAUGUCCUUAUUCACCUGAAGUUAAUAAUUAUAUAAUUGAUACCUAUAGUAUUGCGAGCAAUAAUGGAAGACAACGCCCAGGUAGAAUGAAAGAUAAAGGGAUUAUUCAUUGUAUAAUAUUAGGUCUUAUAAUUUGGAAUUUUAAGUUAGAUUUGGAACUCUUUUCUAGUAUGUUCAAAAUUCGAAUAGGUAUUAAAAAAUUAUUUGAACUUGCAAAAUGGACUCAUGCAGUGCAACAUAAAGAUGAUAAAAAAUGUGUAAUUUAUAAAUUACCACUACCUUCGCACUCAAUUAAAAGCAAAAAAAAAUAA